AUCAAUACUAAAGAACGCGGUGUUUUCCCAAUCUUUUCUAUUGUCGACAUUCGAUGGCGGACAUUUCCUUGAUCAGAAAUGUUCAAGCUUGUACUUCCUGGUUUAUUUCUGGCCCUGGCGUUUGCCAAAGCCGAUCGUCCAUUACUUUGGGAACUUGAUGAGCUCCCAGGAACAAGGGAGCUAACUACCAGAAACGAUGAACAAAUAUACAGACUUCCAGAUACUGUUAUUCCAUUCGAGUAUGACAUAUACCUGGAUCUAUAUUUUGCUGAGAGUGAAGAUAGACCAUUUAGCUACGAUGGCAGGGAGAAUAUAAUUAUCCAAGCAAUCGCACAAAAUGUCACUGAAAUAGUGCUACACUCAAACGUAGACAGGAUCAACAGUAUGAAUCUGCUAUUGAAUGGAGUGUCAGUUCCUCUCGCCACCAUACCGUUAACCAUUGAACCACAGUAUCACUUCCUGAAAAUUCACUUGGCGUCACCUAUGGUUCCUUAUGUAAAUUAUACUUUGGCUCUUGAUUACACUAGUACGAUGAACGAAGGACCAAUGAAAAGAGGUAUAUGGAGAGGAUGGUAUACAGAUGCCGAUGGUAAUGAAAGGAUUUACGCCACCACACACUUCCAGCCGUACAACGCGAGGCAGGCGUUCCCAUGCUGGGACGAGCCCCUCUUCAAGGCAGUCUUCAGGCUCCACCUCACAGCUCCAAGAUCAUAUCGAGGAACCUUCAGUAACACUGGUGUUGAGAGCAUGAGAUUCACCACCGUAGAUCGCAUUCAAGAAAAUUUCUUCCCCACUCCAAGAAUGUCUUCAUACUUAGUUACGUUCUUAGUCAGCGAAACAUUCCAAGUCAUAGCAGAGAAUACUACAUUCAAUCCACCAAUCAGAAUCAUCGGGAGAUCCAACACACAUGGUUUGGCAGACCAUGCGUUGGAUUUAGCUGUAAAGAUGACCAUUUUCUUUGAUAAUUACUUCCAAAUCCCAUACGAGACUUUGCAUGAAAAUUUGUUGAAUGAUCACGUUUCGUCUCCUGAUUGGGCGUCCGCUGGUACUGAAAACUGGGGUAUGGUGAGUUACAGGGAAUUGUACAUGAUCAUAGAUUCCCGAGAGACAAUCAUGUCGAUAGAACACUAUGCAGCUACGCUGGUCUCCCACGAAUUGGCCCAUAAAUGGUUCGGUAACCUUGUUACUUGCUACUGGUGGAGUAACACCUGGAUUAACGAAGGGUUCGCUAGCUAUUUCGGAUACAUUGCCACUAAUGAGAUGUUCCCAGAAUACGCGCUACACGAGCACUUCAACUCCCGUUAUCUACAGACCUCUUUAUCCUUUGAUUCCGGCACGAACACAGCUCCCAUGAAUCACGACGUCAACACCCCAUCCCAGGUCACUGGCCACUUUGGCACCAUCAGCUACUCCAAGGGUGCCGCCUUCCUCAGAAUGACCGCAGACAUCAUCACGCCAGAAACUUUCAGAAAAGCCUGUCAGUACUUUUUGGAGCAAAAUGAAUUUGAGCCUACCGACCAGUACGACUUAUAUAACGCAUUUGCUCAAGCAAUCGAGGAGGACAAUAGCUUGAAUCAGUACCCGCUCUUUAACUUCACCGACUACUAUCGCAUCUGGGUCAAUGAACCUGGCUACCCCAUCCUCACUGUCAAUAUUAAUUAUGAUAAUGGUGAAAUGUCUCUCCAUCAGGAACGCUUCUUCCUAAGCGCCACUGCCAACCCUACUGGCCAGAUCUACCCAAUACCAAUCACUUACUCCACUGCCAGCAGCGCAAACUUUGAGAAUUUAAGGCCAGUAUACAUUCUGACUGGGGAAAGAGCAGUCCUAGAAAAAAGGCCCGGAGAGGAGUGGGUUAUAUUCAACAAUUUUCAGCACGGACACUAUAGAGUUAACUAUGAUGAUAAAACUUGGGAUCUAAUUUCGGAAGCUUUAAGAAAUUCACAAAAUUCCAUUCACUAUCUAAAUAGAGCCCAGGUGGCAGACGAUGUGUUUGCGCUAAUGCGUUCUGGCAGAAUGACCCACAGUAAAGGGUUUGACAUCCUGAGAUUCCUUCGUACAGAGACAAACUACCACGUCUGGACCGUGGCCAUCAGUGGAUUUACUUGGCUUAGAAAUAGAUUGAGGCAUUUACCUGAGAGCCAAGCUACUAUUGAUGCCUACAUACUCAGCACUAUGGAAGAAGUCAUCAGCGCAGUCGGUUUUGAACCUGUUUCUGGUGAGACACCAACCGUAAGCCUGACAAGGCAGGAAGUGUUGCAGUUUGCUUGCAAUCUCGGACAUAAGGCGUGUCAAGAAAACUCGCUGACCAGAUUCCUCGCACUGAAGCAGGGGACGUGGAUAAACCCCAGAAUCCGUCGCAACGUGUACAUGACAGGUCUGCGUCAAGGCAUAGCUGAAGACUUUGACUUCCUCCUGAACAGACUGCUACAGUCAAACUUCGCGAACGAUCAGCUGGAGAUGCUCAGAGGUUUAGGAGCUACCACCUCUAGGGAACUUUUGUUGAGAUACUUGAAUUUCACGUUAACCAAGGACGUAAGAUCUCAUGACAAGGUGAAUGCUUUCAACUACGCUCUUCUUGGGAACCAAGAAAAUGCUUUGACUGUUCUAGACUUCGUCAAAAAUAAUAUUGAUGCUAUCAGAGUUUCAUACGUAGAAGACUCUCCAGCAAAUCCGGUGAACGCAGCGUUAUCCAAUCUUGCCUCUUACUUAAACGAAGAUGGUUUGGCUGAUUACCAAACCUGGCUACAAUCAACACAGACCAACAGCCUUCAAUACACAUCAACAUUAUCAGCCAUCAACUCUGCGCGUGCGAACAUAGCUUGGGGGACAGCAAACGCAGAACUCAUCUUAUCUGCUGCUAGGGAUAGUGCUGUCACAGUUGUGACGUCAUUAUCUAUGUUAAUAGUUAUGGCGUUCCUAGCUAUUGUUGUUUCCAUGUCCUACCUCAUAAAGUUGGCGAUUUUACCAGCACUGUUAGCAUUAGCUACAGCAGACUUUCCCUUCGACAUUGAAGAACUGGAUAUACUAUACAGAAAUGACGAUAGCGCACUAUCAUACCGUCUUCCUGAAGAUUUAGAUCCUAUUCACUAUGAAGUUGAAGUAACUCCUUAUUUUGAAGUGGCACCAGCUGGUAAAGAGCCUUUUACUUUCGACGGUCGUGUUACUUUAACUAUCAGGGCUGUAGUUGAUAACCUCAACGCUCUGAUCUUGCAAGAGAAUGUUCGACAAAUAACCGGACUUUCUUUGCUCCACAACGGAACAGGAGUACCUAUUGCACUAAAUCAAUUAAAUCCUUUUGAUCGUAUCCGUGAGUUCCAUUUCUUGAGGAUCAACUUGGCUGAUGGAGUGACGCUAGAAAAUGGAGAAGUUUAUAUAUUGAAUAUCGUAUAUGUUGGAAAUAUUAACGAGACCCCACUUUCUAGAGGCGUAUUUAGAGGAAGCUACAGAGACGACAAUGGAACUUUACACUGGUAUGCCGCCACACACUUGCAGCCAGUGAACUCCAGACAAGCCUUCCCCAGUUUUGACGAACCUGGUUUCAAGAGUACCUUCGACAUUAUCAUCAAUAGACCAGCUCACUACACGGAGACAUUCUCCAACAUGAGGAUCAAAGAAAGCUACCCAUUUGGAGAUCGUGUCAAGGAGAUUUUCUAUACCACCCCAAGGAUGUCAGCUUAUUUGAUCUCAUUCCACAUCAGCGAAGAAUUUAAAGUCAUUGCCGAAAACAAUGAUGAGGAAAAACCCUAUCGCAUUAUAGCAAGACCUGAUGCAGCUAACCAAGGAGCGUAUGCUUUACAUGUCGGGCCACCAAUCACUGCAUGGUUGGAUAACUACUUCAAUAUCAGUUACUACGAUAUGGCUGAUGGUCUGAAGAAUGAUCAGAUAGCUGUUCCAGAUUGGGCUUCUGGAGCCACUGAAAACUGGGGGUUGGUCAGUUACAGGGAACUCCGCCUCCUUUACGAAGAGGGAGAAACCAACGCCGUAGACAAGAUGAGUAUUGGCACGAUCACCGCUCACGAGCUCGCCCACAAAUGGUUCGGCAACCUGAUCACUUGCCGGUGGUGGGACAACGUCUGGAUCAACGAAGGAUUCGCCAGCUACUUCGAGUACUUCGCCAUGGAUGCAGUCGACAAAGACAUGGAGCUAGAAGCUCAGUUCAACAUAAUGUACGUGCAGAGCGCGCUCUCAUCCGACUCCGGAAUCAACACCAGGGCUCUGCAACACACCGUCAACAGUCCAGCCGACGUCACAGGACAUUUUUCUGGCAUCAGUUACUCUAAAGGGGCCUCUUUGUUGCUGAUGCUGAAGCAUUUCCUUGGAGAAGACACGUUCAAGAGGGCGCUUUAUCUGUUUUUGGAAGAGAGAAAAUAUGAACACGCGUUCCCGUCAGAUCUUUACCGCGCGUUCGACCAAGCAGUAUCUGAGAGUAAUCAGGAGACCGACGUUGAGAUCGCUUCCUUCAUGCAGUAUUGGGUCGACGAGCCUGGUUACCCUAUCAUCAACGUCAACGUCAACAUGGGCACAGGAGUAAUGACAAUUACUCAGGAGCGCUUCUUCCUCAGUCCAACUGCUACGCAGACCAGUCAGUUUUGGCCCCUUCCCCUGACCUAUACAACUGAAGGCAGCCCCAAUUGGGACGACCUAACGCCGAGACACCUUAUGACUAACCAACCAUAUACUAUUCAGAAGGACCCAGGGCAUGAAUGGGUUAUAUUCAACGUGCAGCAGAAAGGUAUCUACAGAGUUAACUAUGACACCCACACUUGGGAGCAUAUUGCCGACGCUCUGAAAGACGAUUACAACAACAUUCACUAUUUGAAUAGAGCCCAGAUUGUCGAUGACGUUUUUGCGUUGAUGCGGUCAGAGAAAAUAACCUUCGUGUUGGGCUUCCGAAUACUCGAGUUCCUCAAACUAGAUACCAGUUACUACUCGUGGUAUCCGGCUAUAACCGGUUUCAACUGGCUAAGAAAUAGAUUCCUGCACCUACCUCCUGUUUUGGAGCAGUUUGACGCAAUCCUGUUUGAAUACCUAGAGAACGUGAUACAAGCAGUAGGCUACGAUGUGCAAACUGGAGAGCCUCUGACGCGGACCCUCAACCGGUUCUACGUGCUUUCCUUCGCUUGCAGCAUCGGCCAUGAGGGCUGUGUUGCUAAUGCUAUCGAGAAAUACGCCGCUUUUAGACAGGGUGGAAGUAUCAACCCGAACAUCCGUCGCCACGUGUAUUGCUCAGGUCUCAACAAUGGAGACUACGCCGACUGGCGCGCCCUCUAUGACAAAAGACAAAGCUCCAACAACCAAGCUGCUAGCGUUCAAAUGUUGAGAGGCCUCGGCUGCAGCACGAACACACAGGCAGUUCAGGAAUACCUGAACAUGAUCCUGAAUGAUGACCUGGUGAAGGCCCAAGACCGGGUGAACGCGUUCACGUUCCUAUACAUGGGCAGUAGGGACAACGCUAAGGUUGCCUUACAAUAUGUCAAGCAGAAUGUUGACGCGAUCCGCGCUGGGGUGAUUCUUCAGACGUGGUUCCUAAACAUUUUGAGUAAUCUUGCUUCUUACCUAGACGAAGAAGGUUUGGUUGAUAUGGAGGAAUGGCUGAGAGAGUCUAACAUCCCCGAAACCUCUCUUGGACUAAACUACGUAGCUUCAGCUAGGAACAACAUGCAGUGGGGUACCGAGAGGGCAGACCUGAUUCUGACAGCGGCCAGGGGAACUGGCUCCAUUCUAGUACCAUCACUAACACUUCUGCUGACCAUACUCUUAGCCCUUAUGAUUAAGUAGAAAAGGUUUUUUAUUUAUAUGUUGUGAUGUUGACGCAAGUAAAUUUUUGUAUUGUAUUUUUGAAUAAAUUUUUUAAAGUGUU